CUUGCAACUAGUGGGAAAGGCAAUCAACAAACACUGAUCUACUUCAGUGACAAGUUCUAUAAAGGAGAGAAAACAGGGCGAUGUGAUAGUAAGCAAGGUGAUGGGGAGCUUCUCAGAGGACGUAGUGAAUGAUUCCUCUUUCUCUGGUCCAGACAAGCAGAGAAGGCGCAAAGAGUAAGAUCCGGCCCAGAGCUCAGGUCUUCUUAUCCUGCCUCCGAGGUCUGGCCGGGCCAGCAGACCGGAUUCCCGAUCUGCUCUGCUAGCGAUUCGCCCAAGAAGACCCAGGCGACUUCCAAAAAACAAAGCGGCUGUCAGUCCAAGAAUCUUCUUUACGCCCUGACUAGAGUGUCUUUGGGCAGCGGACGACGUGGGACAAGACCUGGGGACUCGCAUAGAAGGAAGAGAGAACCCCCGCCCUCUCCACACUGCAGCGGGGCUGCCGCCAACUCGGCCGGCAGGACUGCAACUGCAGAAAGAGCAGGGUCCGAAGGUAGAGUCCUAAAGCGGCCCUCAAACACCAGGACUGCAGCUCGCCGCCAUCUUGCCGAAGGCGACCCCCCCCCUUUAGGGGCGGGGCCUCGUGAGACCCAAACAAGCCCCACGUGUCAGGGGCGGAGCCCUACCCACUAACGUCACGGUGCGCGUGCGCGAGUGAGGUCACGCGCCGGCGUACCCUUGCUAGGCACCGUAAAGUGCGGAAGGUCGCCGUAUCAAGCUUCCCCGGAACUUUUUCCUCCCUCCUGUCCCGCCCCCUUCCCUGUCCCUGUCCCACCUUCCGGCCCCCGGGACCCCCGGCAACGGUUGUGGCUGCUGACCCGCUUCAGCCGGAGUGUUGCUGAGCGCGGAGCCCGAGGGCGCCCGUGAGUUUGAAUUCUUGGGAUCUGCUUCUUACCUGAGUGAGAGCACAUCUCCCAGUUGCUGACAGACGUGAUGUUUUACUGGUUGCUGUCGGUGAUCCGAAGACCAAGAAGCAGCCGAGGAUGGCAGAAGUGGUCCUCAGCCAGAAGCGGUGCGUCAGCUGCCAAAGUGCAUUCUGUGGCCCUGCCUGCCCAGGCACAGGUGGUCAUCUGUGGUGGUGGAAUCAUGGGCACAUCUGUGGCCUAUCACCUCUCCAAGAUGGGGUGGAAGGAUAUCGUCCUUUUGGAGCAGGGCAGGCUGGCUGCUGGCUCUACGAGGUUCUGUGCUGGCAUCCUAAGCACCGCCAGGCACUUGACCAUUGAGCAAAAGAUGGCAGACUAUUCAAACAAACUCUACCAUCAGUUAGAGCAAGAAACAGGGAUCCAUACAGGUUACAUAAGGACAGGCUCAAUCUUUCUGGCCCAAACUCAGGACCGGCUGAUCUCCCUGAAGCGCAUCAAUUCAAGGCUGAAUGUUAUAGGCAUCCCCUCCGAGAUCAUCUCCCCCAAGAAAGUGGCCGAACUUCACCCUCUCCUCAAUGUACACGACCUGGUGGGGGCCAUGCAUGUCCCCGAGGAUGCAGUGGUGUCCUCCGCUGAUGUGGCUCUUGCCCUGGCAAGUGCUGCCUCCCAAAAUGGUGUUCAGAUCUAUGACCGGACAAGUAUUCUUCAUGUUAUGGUGAGGAAAGGUCAAGUCACUGGUGUGGAGACUGAUAAAGGACAGAUCCAGUGCCACUAUUUUGUCAACUGUGCCGGUCAGUGGGCAUACGAGCUGGGUCUGUCCAACGAGGAGCCGGUUAGUAUCCCGUUACAUGCCUGCGAACACUUCUACCUUCUGACUCGCCCCUGGGAGACCCCUCUGCAGAGCAACACACCAACUAUUGUGGAUGCCGAUGGAAGAAUUUAUAUUCGGAACUGGCAGGGUGGCAUCCUGUCUGGGGGCUUUGAGAAGAACCCAAAACCAAUUUUCACUGAGGGCAAGAACCAGCUGGAGAUUCAGAAUCUACAGGAAGACUGGGAUCACUUUGAGCCCCUGUUGAGUUCCCUGCUGCGUAGGAUGCCAGAACUGGAGACUCUGGAGAUCAUGAAGUUGGUGAAUUGCCCUGAGACCUUCACCCCGGACAUGAGGUGCAUCAUGGGCGAGUCCCCUUCAGUGCGGGGCUACUUCGUCCUGGCGGGAAUGAACUCUGCUGGCCUUUCGUUUGGUGGAGGAGCUGGAAGGUACCUCGCUGAGUGGAUGGUGCACGGCUAUCCCUCAGAAAGUGUCUGGGAACUGGACCUGAAGCGUUUUGGAGCCCUCCAGAGCAGCCGGACCUUCCUGCGCCACCGUGUCAUGGAAGUCAUGCCUCUGCUGUACGAUCUGAAGGUUCCCCGUUGGGACUUCCAGACAGGAAGGCAGUUACGCACAUCUCCUCUGUAUGACCGGCUGGAUGCACAAGGAGCCAGGUGGAUGGAGAAACAUGGAUUUGAGAGGCCAAAAUACUUUGUGCCACCAGACAAGGACCUCUUGGCCUUGGAGCAGAGCAAGACUUUUUACAAGCCGGACUGGUUUGAGAUUGUGGAGUCCGAAGUCAAGUGCUGUAAGGAGGCUGUGUGUGUCAUUGACAUGUCCUCUUUCACAAAGUUUGAAAUAACAUCCACCGGGGAUCAGGCGUUAGAAAUUCUCCAAUACCUCUUCUCCAAUGACCUUGACGUGCCCGUGGGCCACAUCGUGCAUACCGGCAUGCUCAACGAGGGUGGAGGGUACGAAAAUGACUGCAGCAUAGCACGGCUGAGCAAGCGCAGUUUCUUCAUGAUUUCUCCAACCGACCAGCAGGUCCACUGUUGGGCCUGGCUUAAGAAAUACAUGCCAGAAGACAGCAACCUGAUUCUGGAGGACGUCACCUGGAAAUACACUGCCCUCAAUCUGAUUGGUCCUCGAGCUGUGGAUGUGCUGUCUGAGUUGUCCUAUGCUCCUAUGACUCCAGACCAUUUCCCAAGUCUGUUUUGCAAGGAGAUGAGUGUGGGCUACGCAAAUGGGAUCCGGGUGAUGAGCAUGACUCACACAGGAGAGCCAGGAUUCAUGCUUUAUAUUCCUAUAGAGUAUGCCCUGCACGUAUACAACGAAGUGAUGAGUGUUGGACAGAAAUAUGGAAUCCGGAAUGCUGGGUAUUAUGCUCUUCGUAGUCUCCGAAUUGAAAAGUUUUUUGCCUUCUGGGGUCAGGAUUUAAACACCCUCACCACACCCCUGGAAUGCGGACGAGAGUCUCGGGUGAAGUUAGACAAGGGGAUGGAUUUCAUUGGGCGAGAUGCCCUGCUGCAGCAGAAGCAGAACGGGGUGUACAAACGCCUCACUAUGUUCAUCCUGGAUGACCACGACACGGACCUGGACCUCUGGCCUUGGUGGGGGGAGCCCAUUUACCGAAACGGGCAGUACGUGGGCAAGACCACCAGCAGCGCAUAUGGUUACACCCUGGAGCGCCACGUGUGCCUGGGCUUUGUGCACAAUUUUUCCGAGGACACCGGAGAAGAGCAGGUGGUGACAGCAGAUUUCAUCAACCGGGGAGAAUAUGAGAUUGACAUCGCAGGACAGCGGUUCCAGGCCAAGGCCAAGCUCUACCCGGUCACCUCCCUCUUCACCCAUAAGCGCCGAAAGGAUGACAUGGAGCUAAGUGACUUGCACGGGAAGUAAUGCCAGGCAGUCUCACCACCUUCCCACCUUCUAGUCAUCUUAGGAGCUUUUCUCCUCCUCCUGAUCCCAUCCCUCUUCUUGAUUUAACCUUCUUGAUUUAACCUCUGCCUCCCACCUCUUAUCUCCCUGAUAUAAUUUGAAGCGUUUAAAACUUUUCCUUUGCACCCUCUCUUGUCCCUCCAUCUUCUCCUCCCUCCUGCAGUUUCCCAUCUCCUGAUACUCACUCUGGGCUGGUCAUCCCUCCACCCAUCUCAGGUUCCUGUGGGGACAGGAAGGCAGGACAGAGGUAGACUCCACUUGUGGAAGUGGGUUACAGUGACAGCCUGACUUCAAAUGCUGUGUCUUGAAGCAAGGGAGGCUUGUGGUGUGCAGGCCUCAGGGUAAGAGUCCAUCUCCGUGGGGCUAAGUUUUCUCGGAGUAACCUGCGAAUUCUGGCUAGCUGCUGUCUGUGUGAUACAGCCGUGUGGAAGAGCUUACACCUUUUAGCCAGGUAGGUCCUUCUCCCGUUCCUUUGUGCUGUGGGUCGGCACCCUGAUACCUCUAGCAGGAGGAUGACCAUCUACCUCGCUGAUGAGAGGCAUCGUGUGGGCGCUGCCUGGGGUUUAGCACAGAUAAGUAGUUAACCAUCCUGGGCCUCGCUACUGACCCAGUUAUCAGACUGUUGGGCUAGGGCCACCUGCCUAUAAUUUUCUUCAUCUCUUGCUAAUCUGUAUAAUGAGGGGGGUUGUGGUUUAUUUAGCCGACUAAACAAGCCACAGUGUUCGAAAGGGAAAGACCAUGUUGCCUUUAGUGUUGCUUUUCCUAGCUGAAAGGGUCUGACCUCAAACUAAGCUCCAGCGAUGCUGAGUUUUCUAUGAAACAGUGCUGCUUUUCUCUCAGCUAUUCACAGGUCAGUCACCCCACCUUGAUGUUCCUCUUCUCCGAGUGCAUGUGACUUUCAGUUCAGCCUCAUGUGUCCCUUCCACAGGAGGCCCACUGGCUCAGUGCACGCUCUCUCCUUUAGAAGAGGACAGGGGAGGCAGGACAAGCACCCUGGCUGAGUAACUAAACCUGUGGCCACGCUGAGUUGAAGAGAGCUACUGGGACCCCAGGGUUGCUUCCCCCACACAAAAGACACAGAUCCACACAGAGAUGACCCACUUGGGUCCCUUGAGAGUUCCCAGUGUGGAGAGCGUAUGUUACCUGAGUCCAAGGUCUGCUUUCCGUCUUCUCUUUCCAGACAUCUCUCCACAUCUUCUGGAAUAGAAGGUGACUUGGGGUAAGAGCGCCCUGCACACUUUUAAGCAGUGUCUCUGUUUUCUAAGGGUGGAACUUGGAUCGCACAGACUGUGGUAUCCAUCCCCACACUUAAUUUCCCCUUGCAAACAAAUGGCUGCUAGAGAUUAUAGCCUUUGUUAUCUUGGUAUCUUGGAUGCAUUAGUUCUGAUAGGUCUAUAAGUAUAUUAGAGACAAUCCUUUCAUUUUAUUAGAGCAGCUUACAAUUCUCAGGUGUCUGCCUGCUCUGGCAUUUCUCUGGGAUUUCUGUUGACCCACUUGAUCACUGACUUUAGUGUCCAUCUUCUUACGAGGUCUUCAUUGAUUUAAUGAGGGAGUAUGUGAUUAGAAUUCUGUCGGGGGGCCUUGGUAUUUUGGUGCAAAUGUGAAUUUAACUAGCUGAGAGAUGCUGCUUCUAGGCAAAGAGGAGAGGUGCUGCCCAGCUGGAGAGCAGGAAACUGGCACCAGACAAUGCAUGUGUUACCAGCAGGGAGCCGACUGACCCCAGAAGAUGGAAACAGAUGUAGAACUAAAGGUAUCCCAUGCUCACACCACUGCAAAGUCGUCUUCAUAAAUGGAAAGUUAUUUGGGAUUGAAUCCAAAAGAAAAUCUAGAUUUACGCAUAAAUUACAUCUUGUCCAUAAGUAGGGGAGUAGGGGUCACACUUCUAAGACUCUAAGACUCUGACAAGAUGUUAAGAUUCUGGGGGGAAUCACUUGUUUAUUGAGUGCCCUGAAACUUACAUAUUUAUCUUCCAGCACUUUACAAUUCAUCCUUCAAGUCUCCUUUGGUUCAUUCAAAUAUAGGCAAUAUGAAUCUGGUAGGUUUCUCUAUUUGGUCCUAAACAGAAGGGGUGACUCUUUCCUGCCUCAAGCAUAGUUGAUAAUCAAAACAUCUUCAUUUCUGUGUUAUCCCCAACUUGGGCACUGGGAUCAAAUGUGUUUGCUUUCUGUGACAACUCACCUCUCCCUGGAGAUUGGAGGGAUUGUUCAAGGAGUAGCCGGACUCUUGUUUUAGGUGGUUGGUACUUUUUUCUUCUCUCUGAAAUGAUCUGUUAUCACCACUUCUGCUGUAUUGGGAGAGGGGCUCCACAAUCUUCUCAGCAUAUGCAAUCGAAGAAUCAUUUUGAACCUAGAAACACAAAGUGUGUUGGCUUCAAACAGAUGGAGAAUCAAGGUUGCAAGUCUCCUGUGAGCCCUCUCCUCUCUUGAGAUAAGCCCCUAGUUACUUGUGCCACAUGUAAAUCCCAUGGUCAUGAGACUGACAUUGAAGAUUUCUUGUCUGUGAUAAAAGCUCUAAUUCAGAAAGUUUUUAGAGCAAAAAGGGACGGACAAGACCUACCUGCUUGGAUACCACAAUUUGAUGUCCUUUAACUUGUGUUUUGGUCACAUAGCACUGCAUGGGCAGGACAUGCUCCAGGAGAGAAAACUGAACAGUUCCCACUACGUUCUAGUGCUUUUCUGAGGAGUCCCUGUACCCCCAAAUGCAAGAGAUGCCAUUUAGCCCAGUGAUUAACCCCAGUCUCACUUUGGCCCCAAAGUUCCCAUUUCUGCAGGAGUAGCAACCAAGUCACUUGUUUGAUUCUUAUCAGGAGGUGUGCUGGCCCUGGAUUCUACCUCCUUGUACAGACCAAGAGUUUUAGCCAUAUCUCUUCUUUCCUAGGCUGUUGUUUCCAAGAAAGUAACUCAACGUGAAAAAUAACUCUUCAGCUUUCUCCUUUCUCCUGCCUUUUGCAUGCAUUUGCGAUGUUAACCCCUCCCCACUGCCACCAUGUAUGUGGCAGGAAUGAUAGGAGCUUCCUAAGGUGAUUUUGCUUCACUGGAGAGAUGACCCCUCUGCCUUGAUUUCUGCCUCUGUAAAACAACUGCACUGGCUGGCUUCCAGGCAUUAACUACACGUUCCUUUUUAUAUCUUUGUUGCCUCUUGGCCAGCGUAGGCAGCAAGGAUCUAAGUAUCUUUGGUAUCUAAGAUAGAGAUUUGGUCAACAGUGCUCAAUCCUGAAGUGUAAGUAUAACCUACUGUGUUCAUUUUCUUUCUGCACACCCCCCCCCCCCAAUCCCUCACAAACUUUGAUAUAAGCAGCAUUUUAUCAACAGGAGGUAGGGAAAAGUUUCUCACGAGUAAGGAAUUUUCAUCUGGCACAUGUCAUGUGCAGGCACAUGGACUCAGGAGCAGCACAGUUGAGUGGAAGAGAUGGUAGAUGAAAUAAUAGGCAGUAGCCGCGUCCUGCAGUGAGUCGUGAGGGAGCUAGGGAGCCACGCGUCAGAGCCGCUCCCCACACCCACCGCCACCGCCCUCCACUUUAAGGUGCUCCGUUAGUUGUAAGGCUCCUUCAUUGUCAUCACGGGGCUGGCAUCUGCAGUCCCUUAACCAUGACAAAUACACUAUUUUUCAAGAGGACUGAGUAUUUUUGUACGUCUUUGCCUUCUCUUUUAUCCAUUAAACACCAGAGUUGUUCCUUGUGUAUGAUUCGUGACUUCUCUGAGCAGAACCCUUGGGGAAUUACACAUUUCUUCAUGGGCCAUUUUUCUCAUGAUAUUUAGAUACACCUACUUUCAUCCUUUGCAGACUUUCUGCCUUCUCAUUUUUCUGUCUCUCAAGGACAGAAAUUGUAAGAAGUGGAGAGGAUAAUUAUAGCAUCUGUUUCAAUGGAUCUAUGCCAGGAUUUCCUUUGCACACCAAGAACUGGAGCUUGGGGCACCUCUUUCCUCCAAGCCAGGUUCUAGUGCCUUACACUCCAGAGUGUCACAUGGUGGGUGGAGACGAAAAAAAGUACCUUCAACAGAUGGGUGUAGGGUCGAAAGCUUCUGCAGCUCGUUUCAGUGAAGGGUCUUCCAGCAGCACAGCUAACACUUUACUCUCUGGUCAACUCUUGGGAUGUAAGAAAAUGCCAUUGUAAUUACUGUAAAGGCUACAACUCGUUCUUUGCAUUUGUAAACAUGCAGUUCAACUCAGCCCUUUUCUAUCCCAUGUGUAGCAUCAGCAUGUGGUCCUGAAGACGUGCGAGGCACUUUACUAAAUGGGAUGUUUCUCACGAGCCCUGGUGAUGAUGGGCACACAGGGUGACAGAGCAUUUCUGCCCUCUGCGAAUGUGGUAUUAAUGGUGUGCACUGUAUUUCUAUCAAGUCAGAUUUCAAUUUUAUUUUAUGUUACUAAGUUUGUAAAUGAAUAAACGGACAUUUUCACUA